GAGCUUGGCGUCGCCGUUACUGCCUACUCUUCUCUUGGUCCGCAGGGCUACUAUGAGCUCGGAGUUGACACUGGCCAUCCCAGCUUGCUCAAGCACGAUGUUGUCACCUCGAUUGCGCAAGCCUCCGGGAAGACUCCAGCUCAGGUGAUCCUCCGCUGGGCCGUCCAGCAGGAUAUAGCUGUCAUCCCCAAGUCUAACAGCCACGAACGCCUAGUCAGCAACCUCGAGGUCACCUCCUUCGACCUCACUCCCGAGCAGGUGCAGCAGAUUGACGGCCUCAACAUCAACCUUCGCCUUAACGAUCCCCAGGACAUCCACCCUGGCCUUGGCGUCUUCGCAUAAAGCAGUUCAGGCGGCGCUGAACCAAAACUAUGUAUUGUCUUCUAGAUAUGCGUACUUAUUUCGAAUGGAAUCCUGUACUGUGUAACAUCGAUGCGCGAGAUGGAAUGUACGAGCUACCAAAUCGAUGCGUGAAAGACGUCGAUGCGAACUUCAGAGGUCCUACGUUUGGCGACCAACGCGCACAAACCUUCCCGGAAAGCCGCCAUGUCCUCGGUGGGCAGUACAUGUUCAGUACCGGCGGCAUGCUGCGGUCCUGCGGUCGCGAGCCUUCCAAGUUGAACAAGGUUGGGCAGUGCAAGCAAGAGAGUAGGGAGCGUCUACGAAUUGUGUGGCCGUGAGCGAACGGGUGAGGAAGUGGACAAGGAGCAGGUCGCGAGUGCAGAGCGCACCCGAAAAUCUGGGAUCAGUGAACACUCGGCAGUCUCUCAUUUGGAGGGCUCGAAUAUAAAUGGUUGCGGGAUCGGGAAGAGGAUCUGGGCCCCAGGGAGCUGCAUCGUGCGCCAGAACACGCUCGUUGUCGCGCUCAGGAUGACCGUACUGAAUCUCGAACGCGUCGUGCUCCAGCCCCAUGUCCUCCGUCUGUGCCUGAGGCCUGAGGGGCUAUCUCGUAUUCUGUCUCGUGCCUUUGACGUGCGCCUCUGGUAUCGUGAACACGCGAAAAUGCGGUACCAUCGCCCUCAUUCUGCUCAUCGUCGCGUGGUAAUCCUCAACUCGCUGAGUGGGAGGCCGGAUCAAUGCCCGUCACCCGCCCGCUCUCCAUUACCCCCUCGGCAUAAAAUACAGAUGGCCGCGUAGGAUCGUACAAGGACUCGGCAUGGAACAUAAGCCCAGGCGGGCUUUCCUCACUUGCGCUUUGAUUGUGUUGACGUCGCGUGGGCCAGUGUAGGGUGACGGCGUGUGCAGA